CAGCUUAAGCGCUACUGUUUUUUGAUUUUCUGCAGUAAGAAUUUAGAUCGCAUGGUGUCAGUGUAAAAGAAACAGUCAGCAUCACAUGUGCUUGUCGUCAGUGGAUUUUGGUUCCACCUCUUCUUAGCUUCCUCUGUUCGAUGUUAACACAGUCGUUUCUGAGCUUGUUACUGCAUUUGGAAAUAUUCUAUGUGCCCUCGUGUCUGUUGCUUUAGGAAGAGGAUCAAUAUUUUUGCGCAUGGAAGAGUUGGAUCCUGUCAUUAUAACGCAUUUUUGUGAAUGAUUAGUGGUGAUAUCGGGUUUAACCAUGGAACAAAGAAGAUGCGAGCCAGGAAGCGCGAGAGGACGUUUGUUCGGCUGUGUGGCUGCUUUGCUUUUGUGGAGCGUUGCCUCAGCGGAAAUACGAUAUUCUAUGUAUGAGGAAGUUAAUGAAGGAACUGUGGUUGGAAAUAUCGCAAAAGAUCUGGGAUUAGAUAAAAGCACACUGAAAGACAGGAAGUAUCGGAUUGUUUCUAGUAACGCGGAUCCCCUUUUCCAUGUAAAUCAAAACGAUGGCAUCCUGUAUGUGAGUCGAAAGAUUGACAGAGAAGAGGUGUGCGCGCAGAGCAGUACGUGUUUAAUAAAUCUGAAAACCGUGCUAGAAAACCCACUGGAGGUACACUACGUUGAAGUAGAGGUUGUGGACAUAAAUGACCAUUUUCCCAGUUUCCCGGAUAAAGAAAAACGGUUGGAGAUUUCAGAGUCUGUGUUGCCCGGAGCAAGAUUUCAGCUAAAACCUUCACGGGAUCCAGACAGUGGUCAUUUCUCAGUGCAGCAAUAUAAACUCAGCCACAACGACCAUUUCCGUCUGGAGGUUAGGGAUAAAGGAGAAGAUGGUAAAAUACCAAUAUUGGUUUUGCAAAAAUCUUUGGAUAGGGAAUCUGCAGAAACUAAAUCCUUAGUGCUGACGGCGCUGGAUGGUGGGAAACCUCCGAAAUCUGGCGAAAUGAACAUUCAAGUAAAGGUUUUGGAUGUAAAUGAUAACACGCCUGUUUUCUCUGAGGACAUUUACUCUGUUACGCUCUCCGAAAAUGCUCCAAUAGGCACAACUGUCGUACAAGUGAAUGCAACUGAUUUGGAUGAAGGUCUGAAUGGAGAUGUGUAUUACUCAUUUGGUAACAGUGUGAGUAACACGUUAUUUACGCUUUUUGAUAUCAGUCCUUCAACAGGCGAGAUAACUGUCAAAGGUCCAAUAGAUUAUGAGCAAAAGGACAAGUACGAAAUUGAAAUUGAGGCAUCCGAUAAAGGUCUCGCUCCGCUAACUAGCGAAAAAAGCGUAAUUAUCAGGAUAGUUGAUGUUAAUGAUAACGCACCUGAGAUUGAAGUUACCUCAUUUACAAGCUCCAUCCCUGAAGAUUCCAGACCAGGAACUACAGUUGCCCUUAUCAGUGUAAAUGAUUUGGACUCUGGUCUGAAUGGAAAAGUUAUUUGCUCCAUGGGUGAGGAUGUUCCGUUCAUUUUAACACCAUCCUUAAAAGACAAAAUGUAUUCUUUGGUCACCAAAUCCCCUCUGGACAGAGAGAAACAGUCACAAUAUAUCAUAACAGUCGUUGCAAAAGACGCUGGUCAUCCUCCAUUAUCAUCUGAAAAGACAAUAAGUGUUGUGGUGUCAGAUGUGAAUGACAACAGUCCAGAGUUUUCACUGAGUCCCUAUACUUUCUAUGUUACUGAGGGUAACAACCCAGGAGCCUCAGUGUUUUCUGUUAACGCGUCUGAUCGUGAUGAGAACGACAACGCUCUCAUUUCAUACCAUAUUGUCAGAGACAGAAGCGAAGAAAACAAAGUGGCUUCAUUUCUCAACAUAAACUCUGAAAACGGAGACAUUUUGGCGCUAAAAAGUUUCGACUUUGAAACUCUGAAAACGUUCCAGUUCCAAGUUGUUGCCUCAGAUUCUGGAACUCCGUCACUGAGCAGCAACGUCACAGUGAACGUGUUCAUUCUGGAUCAGAACGACAACGCUCCAGUCAUCCUGUAUCCAGUCAGCUCUAACGGUUCUGCUGAAGGUGUGGAGGAGAUUCCCCGCAAUGUGAACGCAGGACACUUGGUGACUAAAGUCAGAGCCUAUGACGCUGAUAUAGGAUAUAACGGCUGGUUACUCUUUUCACUGCAGCAAGUCACUGACCACAGUCUCUUUGGUUUGGACCGCUAUACAGGACAGAUCAGAACACUUCGCUCCUUCACAGAGACAGACGAGGCUGAGCACAAACUGAUCAUACUGGUCAAA